GUCCGACUCUCGAGCUGCUACCCUCUGCACUGAAAUCCUAUGCGAUAGCCUUCGAAGCCGUGCAGCACAAGAAGCAUCUCGCAACGCCUCUACCACGCGAGCGUUCGGAAGACCAUGCCGCCGAAUGUUUGAAGGUCCGCGGCUGCAUCAGCGAUCUUUGCGACCAACUUCGAAAUGUGCCCCGAUUCACUGAGUCUCUUAGGCUUCCGUUCGCCGAACUCACAGGCUGCGUUGUGAGGACGCUGUGUCACCAGGCUAAAAAUUGGCUGUCCGAAGUUAAGGAAAUACUGAAAGACUUUGCAAAAGCGUAUGCAAAUUCUGCAGAGCAGAAACCUGUGAAGCUCGUUAAUCUGGCGUCUGGAGGUGUUGCUUCUUCCCAAAAUCUCACAACUGGAAGAUUUCUGGGAGUCCUUGCGAGGGACUAUCGCGUGGGCGGCCGACAAGAUGUGCAUAGUGGGGAUCUGUACCAGAUUGCAAAAGACGCCAGUGUGGACGUGUGCGAGAAGGAUUCUGCACUACGCCGCAUCGAAAGGUCCCGCUCACAAUCCGACCAGAACGUGGUGGUACUUGCAUAUCAUUGUAAAGAAGGGCCUAGUUUUAUUAUCAAAACCACUAAAGACAUCCAAGCAAGAGAACAACUCUUGAUGCCUCUAGACCUCGGGAGAGGAGAGCAUGCGCGACAAGAGAAUGACGGUGUCGCUCGCGAUACGAGGAGUGUCGAAGACCACGAAACAUAUUCAGAAAAGCCCGGUAUCGAUAACGACCUUGGAAGCAGCGCGGAUUCGGGUGGAGAGAGCGAGUAUGAAACGUCCGAUGCAUCUGAUUCUGCCUCCAUUGGAAGCAUGAAGGAAGACGAAUGCUUGUCCGAGAGCGAUGGCGAAAAGGAUGUUGUCGUCGUGGCUGACCAUCAACAGACCAAAAGAAGGACGAGAAGUCCGAACACGGAUGAGAAAGUGCUACACAGUGUGAUAGAGACCAUUCCCUUAGGAAAGUCGUUCUCGAAGAGGACACUCUUAUCACAAGAGGUCAUACACGACAAAAACGUCAAAAACUUUGAAGACGAGUCUGGAAGAACCAUUGUCACGUGGACUCCGGACCUCGAGAAAACGUUGCUUCGACUGAAGGCCAGAGGUGUGACGAUGAGAGAACUAGCAAAGUAUCUGAACAGAACCCAUUCGACAUUUCAUUUCACCAAGAUCUGUUUGGAAAGCAAAUGGUUGAAGUUGAAGAAAGAAAAAACAAAUGAACCGCUUCCGGACAGGGAGAUGAUUGAUAUGAUCGAAGAAGCCAAAAACCCACCCGAUAGGCAUGAUCUUGUUAAAAUGGCGUGCGACAAGGCGCAAGACAAGAACGAGGCGAACAUCGAAUCGUGGAUCGAAGAGUAUCGCGAUGGGAUUCAAUGUAAUAUUAACUUCGAGUCUCUUGAUACAUGCUUCGACGUCAAAAACGGCACAAUUAAUCAUAACGCGAGAUCAUCCCUCGUAGGUAACGACCAAGGACUAAGGGACAUGGUCAGCACAGAGUGCAGACGCGACGAACAUGACGCUGACGAGGGGAUGCCGCAGAUGUCACUCGCGCAAUUCGCAGAAGACGUUCACGAUGAGCUAGAACCACCCGAAACGCAAAAAUCGCCCAAGAAGGGGAGAGCACAACACUUGGACAGCCAUAAGACAGCACAGUUCGUCAUGAAGAAGAUCGACUCGGAGAUACACUGCGACGCCCAAGUCUAA